UUGUGUAAUCACAGUGAAAUAAAAUGGACCCCCAAAAAGGUUGAAAAGUCUCACACAAUAACAUGUCUCUUGGCUUUUAAGCCAAGAGAUAUUGAUGGUAACGUGCCUCGCAUGCAAAGCUAUAGAGGGUUCUUUUGAUCCAAAUGGACCAAAACAUUUCAUUUUGGUUGCUCAAACUGUAGUCUUACGUGAAGAAAUUUUGUGAGCAUUCAUCAGCUCCUCUCAGUGUCUUACAGUUUUACAGUUUGAGGGUUGAACCAGAGAUAUUUCAUGCAGAAGAAAAAGAAUGGCAUCACUUACACCAGGAGUGUUAUUAAAGCUUCUUCAGAGUAUGAACUCUAAUGUGAAAGUUUUAGGGGAAUACCGAUCCGUGCUACUGCAAGUGAUCAGCAUUGUGCCUGCUUUAACAGGAUCAGAGUUGUGGCCUAACCAAGGUUUCUUCAUUAAAGUAUCUGAUUCUUCACAUUCAACAUACGUUUCCCUGUCACAGGAGGACAAUGAGUUGAUCUUGAACAAUAAGUUGCAGCUUGGUCAGUUUUUUUAUGUGGAGAGAGUGGAACCUGGGACCCCAGUUCCUAUCCUUGUUGGUGUCAGGCCAGUUCCUGGAAGGAACCCUUUCAUAGGCAAUCCAAAGGAUCUGAUGCAGAUGUUGGUGCCAUCCGAGGGUCUUAUGGUGGCCGAUAACGAAGGAAAUAGUAACGGUUCGAAAGCGAAGGAGUCGGUGGAAGUGAGAGAGGAAAGCCCCAGAAAGAAAAUAGUUAUCAAAGAGGAAAAAGCAAGUGUUGCAUCAAGAUAUAUGCAAGGUGUUUUGCCAUCAAAUCCUAAAGCAAGCGGACCAGAUUCAAAUCACAGUGUCAAAAACACUGACAAUGAAAAUGGUGGUGCAGGUAAAAAAGCAAAAAGCAAGCAACAAGAGCCUAAAGGUCAAGCUCGACCGGCAAGUCCUUCUCGCAGUAGGCUGGAGGUACCAGUUUCAAAGCCUGAGGUUGUUGUUGCACCUAACACCAAGGAAACUACGGUGCCUGCGAAAAGCACAACCGUAAAACGCUCUUCAAGUAAACACGAAAAUUUGAACUCGAAUUGUUCAGCAAACAACAAAGAAAAGAAUAGUUUGCCAGAAACAGGUUCAUGGAACUCUCUGCCUGCGAGUCUCUUGAAGCCAGGAAAGGGAAUGCUUAGAAGAAGAAAUUUAGCUUCUUUGGUUGCAGCAGAAGCUCAAAGGGAGGCAUCUAUGGCAGCAAAUCUUGUCAAAUGUCUUAGCAUGUUUUCUGAUCUAUGCUCCUCUGCCUCACCUGAGAACCCUCAACUCACACUCACCAAGUUCUUCACCCUCCAACAGCUAAUUGACCAGCCAAGUGUUACAUCACAUAAAGAUAAACACCAUCAGUUACCUAAUCUUCCAUCUGUGGUAGACACAGAAAAGUCUAACAAGAGGAAAGGUCUAAUCCAUGACAAAAGUAUGUCCACAAGGUCUUCAGUACAGUUGAGUGGAGCUGAGAAGCUAGAAUGGGCCAAAGGAGAUGGUGCCAAAGAGAGAAAAGAACUGAGGGAAACCUUGCUGCAUGAAACAAGAACUUGGUUUUUGAAAUUCUUAGAGGUGGCAUUGGAUGUUGGAUUCCGGAUCGGUUCUCAGGAGAAGAAAGGGAAAACCGGCACGACACGAUUGACGGAACAGGACAACCAUAUUGCUGUCACAUUGUCACAACUCAAAUUUGCAAAUGAAUGGUUAGGUAAAGUAAAAAACAAUUUAAGCUCAGAUAACAAUGGAAUGAUGGAAACUGUUGAACGGUUGAAUCAAAAAGUUUAUGCUUGUUUGCUUAGCCAUGUCGACUCAGCAGCUUCAGCUCUAGAGAAUCGACCUUGAUCGUAGUUGAUUCACCAUGAAAGUCCGUUGUCUUACAACGUUUUAGUCACCUAAUGUUUGUAAUAACUUAACAGUUUGAGGGCAUAUAUUUAAGUUUCUGGUUUGUUUUGUCAGCAAAUAUAUGAAUCUAAGUCAGCCAUUUGUGUAUAACAAUAAACUCAUUGAAGCUUUACUUCAA